UUCCAAUUAAAAAGUGUCCGGAAACUUUAAAAGCUUUACAACUCUCCUCCCCCUCCAAAAUCUUCAAGAUAAAUGCCUGUUGGGUUGUAAGUUAAUUGCCUUUUCUCCUUUUUCUUUUGAGGUGACCUACUAGAUCUGGAUCUACUAGAAGCUCCUGCCAGCCUAAUGCCAUGAAUAUUGAGGCGGACAAUGUGGAAGAGAAAGCUGUCCACUCCUGGUCAAGGAUCUCCUCUGCAGGACAGAAAGCCCUGGAAGAAGCUCUCCGGGUAUUUAACCCCAUGUCCAAGGACCUGUCUGACACGGAGACCCAGUUGGUAGCUUUUCUCCAAGGCCUUAAGGAAGAAGGCUACCAGCCCACAAUCCUAAGGAGUAAAGACGUGUAUGGAUACAGUUCAUGCACAGCCAGUGCACCUGGCCAAACAAAAGGCAAUACUCAAGACAUUUCAGAAACUGCUGUCCCUAUUUCAGAGUCUGCCAAGGCUCCAGCAAGGAACAUAGUAACCGUGGAAAAAGUGUCUGCCCCCUUAGCAGGUAUUACAGUGCGCUCUUCUAAAGAUUCUGCUAAGCCAAUGUCAAAGAGCAGUAACUCCACGAACCUCCUACUGAACUCAUUGAAACGGACACGUUCAGGCACAUCAAGAGCCUCAGCAGUGAGCUUCCCUGCUAACACGUACCCUGGUGUCUAUCCAGCCAUGAGGCUGUCAGUCGUCCUGGAAGCCUUAGUUCCACUGAAAUCCACUGCCUCUUGUCUGGAAUCAAAAUGCAAACAAGGGCCCCUUGGGAUCUCUCCUGCAGACCUUAAGCUUCUCAAAGCAUCUGCUGCAUCUAUACAGUCUUCAGCAGUUAAGGCCACUAAGAUAUCGUCUAGUCAGUUGGACCCCAAAGGAUAUAGGCAUUUAAUAACAAAAGUGCCAGACUCUGCUGCUCUCACAAUGAGCCUUAUAAAAGGACCAAAGGGAGGGGUGCUUCAGGAAAGUAAUGCUUGUAAAGCAUCCGGAAUCCUGAACGGCCGAAUUUCUGGGAGCAACUCCCAGAGCUGUAGCACAGGGGCCCCCAGAAUUAAGGAACCAUCAGUGGCCAAAACUGAACAGAAAAGUGGUGGCAGCCAUCAGGAGGCAAUUGGGCAGAAAAGAAAAAGAGCAGAUGAAGGAAAAGAAUUACCAUGUAGAAAGACACCCAGUUCUGUUCCAUCACCUAAUAAACCAGAACUGGCUUCGAAAACAUUAAACCUGCUGAAAUUCCAGGCCAUCAAAGUGGACAGCUCUUCAGAUGAUGAAUUGAGGAGGAGAGCACAAAAGAUCCUUAGAGUUAAUCUGUCCCCUGUGAUCAGAAUUCAGCCAUUGCCUCAUUCUCUCAGCAUCCCUUGAGCCAUUCAGUUGAGUUGGAGCUCCGGGGCCACCAUAUGAGGAUGAUCAGAUCAACGUCAAGUCUCUCGGACCUGGUGAGGACAUACAUGUCUGUACUCCUCAGGCAGCUGAUGAUCCUCAGGUCCUGGUUGGCAAUUGGGGGAAAUUCUGCAGAGCUGAGCAACAAUUGGAUUAUAAAACCAUGUUUAGGAAUAUUUGAGGAGAUCUUUAAGGCCCCAUUGAGAGGAAUACAGAACAACACUGGCUUUCCUCCAGGACACUUUUCUACAGUGCUUUUGUAAACAUGGCAGAGUGCACAUCUGGGAUGUGGCGGCACUUGGGCUAUUACUGUACUGUGAUAUUUUUGGUUUCUUUUAUUUUUCAAUCUGUAAAACUACUUGGUUUUAUUUUGAUCCUAUUUUAUAUACUUAUUAAAUAUAAAUAUCUAUUGACUCAUAUAUAUGCAUUGCCCAAGGGCUGUCAGAAUGUGAUCCCUUAUUCUUAUUAUUUCUUUUUCAAGAACUGGGUUCAGAAGUUUUUCCCUCAUCUUUUCUCCCCCAGUUACUUGUUGAAAGAUACAAAGGCCUUUGCUUGUCUCUAGCGUUGCCUCUCUUUUCUCUAAAACCUAGCGGCUUGCUGUCAUCUACCAGUACCUGGUCCUGUUAUUUGCCAUUUUGUCACAUCUUAGCUGACCAGAGUGAAAGAGUGCAUGACAUCUGGAGGAGUAUUCCAAGUCCAUAGGAAGGGAGAACUGGAGAAACAUCCUUUCUCUAGUACUCUCCUUCUCUUCUGGAGCAGAAUUUUUAAAAUCUCCAACAGACUAUGAAGAUGGUGGCAGAGAACGAGAGGAAAAGAUAGUUGGGAAAGAUGUCCCAAGCAUGGAGGCAUUGAUGCUAUGUUAGAGAAGAAAGGAUGUCAAGAGAGGACAGGUCUAGUUCCCAGUGCAUCCCAUGCAAUCAAAGAAUGUUGUCCAAAUGGUUACUGCCACAUUUGUGCCACAGAGGCAGGGAAUACCUCUUCUGAAUAUACUUUUUGAAGACUUGGUGCCUCUUUACAGCGUUCAUCUGGGGGGCAAUGUCUGCCAGUCAGUGUCCUGUGUUCUUCCGUGUAUUGGCCUCCUAAGGGGAAUUGUUACAGAACCCAGUAAGAUUGUUAACAUUGCUUCCCUCUCUUAUUUUUGUUUAAAUGAAUCCAUGGCUGCUUAUGAGCCUAAGAACUUGAUAACUGGCAAAUAAUAUUUUCUAGUGCAAUUGUUACAAGCAUUUCUGCAGUCAGACAUUUCAGUAUAUCUGGCCCUGUAGACAUUGGGCUUUUGAAUGUAUCAGGUGCGUCUGAACAGGCUGCAUUAUAUCUCCUUUUGCACAAGCAAGAGGUUUUAGGGCUAGAUGUAGAGAUGAUUGGGUGUGAUUUUUGUCCAGUGUUGCAAAUGUGGAGCUAAAUUAUAGUAGAGAUUUCUGGCCUAAAACCAUUGAAGGUUCAGAAACAUAUACUGCCAGUGCUUUCAGUAUUUCAAAAGUAUAAUUUUACAUUUGCUUUGUGCCACAUCUAUUCUUGUUUUACCAUCAUGAUUUUUCCCCCUGGGAACACUGGCAGUAAGAGUUAAGUCAAAGUAUUGAGAACAGUGUGGGAGGUCCUGCUUUCCUUUAAAGUUGCAGUACUCAGCAUACUCAAAGCCACAGCAAUGAAACUGACUUAGGUUUUUCAUGUCACCAUGCUGUUAGGCUAUAUAGUGGUAAUUCCUUUGCUGUUUCUCAGUGCAAUUUAAGUUUGCUGUGUUCACUGAUUUUUAAGUAAGUUGUAAACACUUUCACUACUUAAAGGCAAUUGGCUUUACUAUUUAGGGUAGCCAAAACCAAUAACCAUGUUACAAGUUAUGCAAAAUUAGGUAACAGAUUUUGGGAGUAGAAAUCAGGCUCAUGCCAUUGCAAACAGCAGGUUGUGAUGGUGAUAAGUAAUAUUUUUAAGCAUUCCAUUAUUGGAAGAACCCCCAUAGACUGUGCUGAAAAUUUCUCCCUAAGGUGCUAGUUUUCUGUGUGCAUGGAGAUUUUUUUUGUAGGGAUGUAUUCAGAAAUUCUGCCAUUAGCCUCUACAUAAAUAUGUAGAAAACUAGCACUCUAGUGAUUUAACAAGCAAAUUUCUAAUCCCCAAAGACAAUAUUUCUUAUGUACUGCUUUUGAUUACACUACCAUGCUGCCUCCAUGUAAUAACUAUUACAUGGGAAUUCAUGAAAGGAAGAUCUUUACUUGGCAGACUUCCCAUAAGUAGCUUGUUCUGGGGAACAAACCUCAAUCAGAUCAACCCAUCACCAGGUUUCUGGAGGUUCCCUUCAAUGAUGAUAGAUACAUUAUGCUUCAUUGAGGAUAUCUGGUUAAUUUGUCCAGUUUCAAAGCUUUUUAAAAGGUGGGGGAACCUUCUCCUUUGAGCUCUCAGUAACUGUUUUGAUGACAGUCCUACAUGCAAUACUACUUUAAAAAUCUGCCCUCAGCUGAGCCAGUGUUGGGACAAUCUUUGCUUACAUCGCAGAGAAUUCCCUGAUUAGCUACCCAGCAUCCUUCCUAGGAUCCUGAACUUUGAGUUUCCUCUCCCCGUUUAUGCUGAGGAAGAAGGCAAGGAAAAACCUCAGUUACUUCUGCUUAGGUCUCCACGACCCCGACCCAUUCCAGUCAUGUUAUUUUCAGAUUUUUUUUAGAAUUCAUUCUUUCUGAAUUACAAUAGCCCUAGCUUUCUGUGAACCUUUCUCUUUUGGAUAUUUAUUAUCCAAGGGAGGAAAAAAAAUGGGAUUCUUUUUCAAAGCUACAUAGAAAAUAGUUACAGCUUUUCCCCUGUGACCAAUUUGUGUAGAUCCUUCCAUGCUAUCCUUUACAAUUUCCUUUGUGAUACCAUAUGAGUACAUUUUUGCACAUACAUAAGACCUGAAAAAAUAAAGGUAUAUUGGCAUAGCAUCAGGAUGGAAAGGAGCAGACUGUCUUUUUUUCUAAGCUAGUAUAGCUCUCGAAAAAAGCUUGGAAUUAGAUUGUAUGCAUACUGUAUCCACUUCUGUACUAUUAUCAUAGCUGACAAUAGUUUUGACUUUCUUUCCAGUACUUUUAAAAGGGUUUUGUCAUUAUUUGCAGAGGUUUCUGUAGAAUUCUUACUUAUGUCACAAAACUAUAUGCCUAUGGUUUCUGUGGUUGGUUUUGGUGUCUGAGAUGAUCAGCACGUGCCAAUUUCUCUCCUGCAGAUAUUUCUGAACUACCCUUUAAAAGAAGUCAGGCUACUUUAAACUCAAGUAUUGUCAAUACUUGCUUGCUGCUAAGCUGCCCAGCAACAUACUCCAAAAUGUCAUGGCUUUAUUAUUUCUUAGAGCACAGUCAAUGAGGUUCCCAAGUACUAUGGUUGCAUUUGCAACAGAGGUGGUAGGAAAGAUUUGUCUUAGUCUCAGUGCCUUUGCAAAGGGGUGAUGGAGUAGGAUAGUCUUCCAAAACAUUGGAGGAAAUAAGGAAUACAGAGCAUUAGAAAAUAAGAAUUUGGGCCUCUGAGGUGAAAGUAUGUUUCUGAUAUGUGGCUUAAUCAGUAAGCGGUUUAGAGGAAUGCUCUACUCUUAAGAAAAAAGCUGAUACAGCAAUGCAGGUAAUACUUUAGAAAUCAUCUUGAAUGUUUGGGAAAUAGCAUAAGCCUCUCAUCUGGUGUUACCUCUUUCAUAGAGCAAAUGAAACUGCUGGUUCUCUUCCCUUUUAUGUUGCCAGCUGGAGGAUCCAAAUUGGGUGAAUUGCUCUGCCUACAGUCUCUCUGUUUUGUGGCUUUUGAAGUCCCAGGAGAUCAGGAGUUGUUCUGGGUUCUGUAGGAAAGAUCUGUUUUGCCAGAUGGUGAUUCCUUAAUAGCCCUAUGUGGAAGAGAUUGCAUCUAUACAACAAAAUGCUGCUAGUCAUCGAUUGAAGGUUGAGCAUCCAGGCUGUAGUCACUGUUGGCUUUGUUGUUUGGAUGUUAGCAUCAGGUUGUUAGUAAUUAGCAGUCCCAGAAGGUCGUUGAGCUUGCUUUUGUCAAUCCAGCGAUCUGGUGAGCAGAGGCUAUCCUACUUCAUUGGAGGCAGUGUUCUUUAUGAAGGUGCUUCCUUUGUUUCCAGCAUUUGGCUUGAUAGGGAAUGGGAUUCUGGAAUCAUUCACCUGUACUGGUUCCUAGGCUUGUCCCUUUCUGGCUGAACGAAUACAAGCCUUGACUGAUGGGGGGAAGGCAAUUUCAAUAACAGUGCUCUCCAUUUUUAUUCCUCAGUAUCGAUCUGGAAAGAUAAUAGCACAAGGCAAAAAACUGGGUUCAGAGAACCACAGGACAAGGUUGUCUUUGAAAAAGUAUCUUUUGAACUCAUUGUGGUUAGGCAUCCUGGAAGAUGCUGGCAUCACAGCUUCUAAUUCUAUAAAGAACAUUUUAAAGGUAAAAUCUAGACAGUUUCUGUGCCUUUACAGCUUUCACAUCCAUUUAUAUAUCCAUUUCCCAGUUGAUGCUUAAAUAGUCUGUACAAUUAGCAGAAAUCAGUUAGCAAAGUGGGGGGUGCACUGUCUUGAAUGGGAAGAAUUGCUCAGGCCUUAGGGCCCUUCAGCUGAAAUGGGGGAGCAAGCUGGGACACCUUAGUUGCUGGCAGCUUCAGCAGCAACUUAGUUGAAGGCAGAGCUUGUAGCUUGUCUAUUCUUCAAAUGCUUUAACAUUAUUUCCAUUUGCUAAAAGAAUUUUAUAAGAGAGAAACUGUUCUGUGUUAAAUACUGAUGCACAGUGCCAAAUGCCAAAUAUCUAAAGACCACCUUCAUGGAAUAAGGGAAAUGACAUUCCAUAUAUGCAUAUGGCCUCUGCUAAUCACUUUCCAGAGAUAUUUGGAAGGAUCACCCUAAAGCACUCAGCUUUUCUGCCUGGUUAUUGUUUCAUUUAUCCCCCCUUAUUUUCUACUCUUCAGACAGAGGUCUUUUUCUGCCUUGUAUCCUUUUAACUGCAGGUGCUGCGGCCAUUCCUUCGCAUACACUCAUGUGGUCCACGGUUCAGUCUCCAGCAUUCUAAUUCUAAAAAGAUGUUAGGAUGGAAAAAAAGAAAGAAAUGUUUUGCUUGAAACUGCAGAGACCCACUCCUGCCACAGGCAGUACUGAGGUAGAUAGAUCAGCAGCAGAGUUGGUUAUAAAGCUACUUCAUCUGUUUGUAAACAUCUAAUCAAGAAGGAUAUCUUUGACUACUAAUGGGUCAUCUGAUCUGGCUGUUCAAAAUUUUGAAUUGUGCAGAGAUUCAGUUUUUGGAUCCUAAGCAGUAGUCCAUACAGACCAUAGGAUUUCCUUUUUGAUAAUCUGAACCAAAAAAAGGAGUCCCUUGGAAAAGCUUUUUGAGUCAUUGGAUUAACUGAGUAUUUGCAUAUUAUAUUUCUUAACUGAAAUAUUCUUGUUUGCCAAUUUAGAGGUGAGAAUUGGACUCACUUUUGAAUCAAACUCAGUGCCUUGGGGAGAGGCAAUUGCACAUGGAGAUGAGACUCUAGGCCGGGCAACUUAUGUUUUGGGGUAGAGCCAUCCUGCUGCGCCAGUUUGGCCCAUAUCUAUAUAAUGUGACUUAUAAAUCCACAACCAGAAAAUUAACCUCAGCAGUUUCAAAGUUGGUAUGUUCCUUUAAUAAGGGAUUAUACAUUUUGUUGCCCCCAACAGAUACAUUGACAUCCUUCUGGUGUAUGCUCUGUUGACUGGUUGGCAGUACUGCAUGUAGCUUCUGGAUAUGAUAAAUGUGAAGAAAUGCUGCUUCUGAGAAAAGAGGGGGGUAUAGGAAGAUGUGGAACAGGAGAGAAGCAGCUACAAGAUAGAAGGUUACUCUGGCAGCCUGCUGAUGUUUUGGACUACAGCUGUUACUAUCUCCAGCCAGCAUGGCCAUGUGAAGAUAAUGAGAGUUGCAGUCCAGUGCAUCUGAAGGGUACCAGAGGCUGAACUAUAGAUAAACGUGAUUGCCUAAUCCUUCUCCCUUAAUUAGCUUUUUAUGGCACGUGUUUUGGGAGGUUGUAAUUUCAAGAAUUUUCUUCUUUAUUGGGAAGACCCAUGAUUUUCAGCAAAAGGCAGGAGCUGGGCCUUUCCAUUUAACUGCAGAGUUAAUGAGACAUGGGAUUGACCUACAAACUGGGCUUCUUUUGGCUUUGCUUUGGAAUACAUUUCCACAUCUCUGAUGGUAGGUUCUAGAACAAAGGUCUGCUCAGGUGGUCCUCCUGGUGGUAUGUCUAGAUGGUAUGACAGUGCACAGUUUAGUAAAAUGGAGAAUAACCCAAAGACAUAUAGACUGCAAAACCUGCAUUAAUCUCUGUCAUGCAGGGUAAGUUGAAAAAUUUGACAGAAUAAUUGUAUCCUGCAGAUUUAAAAAAAAAAGCUAAAAUCUGUGCUCUCUGUCAGAACCACAUGGAUGUGCCCUCCGUAGGGUCUCAGAGUUGACUGUCUUGCGUUGCCCCCUCCCUUGUUUUUGUUCCUCUCACUGUGGACAGGGUAUUGCUGCUACAUCAGUGCCUGGAAAAGGGGUCUCUUUGACAACAUAGCUAGACAAGCAGUUGUUAAACACAAGGCACUUAAGAACCAUGGUAUCCUGGCUUUCUUUCUCUGCCAAACUCCACAUGCAAAGCACUUUGAAUUGUAGCCUUUUUGCGCCUGAAGGACACAGAAACCACAAAGGUGGUAUUGGUUUUUGUAGCACACACCACCCUCUCUCUUUACUCCUUUGCAUUGUAGAUGCUGUCCUUCCUAAUGUAAGUUACCUGUCCAGCAGCUAGAUGCCAGCCAGACUCUACAAGUUAAUGCCACCACAAGGCAUUGCAUGUGGUUCCUCUGAACUCUUCUACAUUGCCAAGCACAAACCUGGUGGUCUUUCACGGAAGCUGGCUUUUGCCAUGGAUCUCCUCUUCUGCUUUGAACUCAUGGCCAACUACCAUUUGUACCAUAUACUGCAUAAACUUUGGCACAACAUUAUAUCAUGUUUUCUCUGACCACUGGUUGCUUGGAUUCUCAACAACUUCGCUUCUAGGUGCAACCAUUUGGUACUUGGUGGAAGGAGGAGGUGCAGAGUGUUCUAACUCAUAUUUGGUAUUACUAGUUUGAAUCAGCAUCUAGCGGCCUCACUAGAAUGGUGUGUCUCUUUUUCAGUUUACCAUGCAGGAUCUUCCCAAGGUUCUCUGUUUCAACAUUACAUAUGCAGUCACAUUUCCCAGUUUUAAUGUUUGUAUGUUUUUGGACAGCCUUGUGUGGUGCAAGGCAACUCGAGUAUUAUGUUUUCACCAAGGAGGAAGGGAGCAAAAUCAGAUUGUCUUUAUUUUUAAUGAAGUGGAUUUUUUUCUCUUUGGUUUUGAAAUUGUAGCAGAUGAUCCCACUCUGCCAUUCUUCUACAGUAAAAAUGGUGCUUCAAAGUA